UUCAUUCAUCAUCUUCAAACCUGAAUCUUCUUUGUCUUUGUUGUUAAUGGGGAAUCCGAAUUUAAAGGUGGCCGGAGGAGGUUUGACUGUCGGUUUCUCCCCCAUUUCUUCUACUCCUCCUCCUGUCUUUUCCAAAUCUCGCACAAGAUCAGCUUCUAGUACACAAAACAUAAAGAAUGAUGAUGCCAAUGAUAAGGUAAAUGAAGAAAUAUUUCUUCACAUGGAAGAAACAAAAAACGAUCCAAUAAACGAAAACAAUGUUGUACUUUCGGAGAGGCGAAAAGCUCUUUUUGAGCCUUUGAAACCUAUGAGAAACAUAAAUGGUAAGCGACCAUCAGCCGAAAACCUCCUUCCUCCUCCUGAUUUUGACUCUACAACUUAUCCAAGAGGAUGGCUAAUAGGGAAAAAACGAAAGCUCGUAAAUGUUGAUGUUGUUGAAAGCAUGAGGAGAAUCGCGGUUCAAGAAAUGAAUAGGAAGGAUAGGGAGAUCGAGGGGUUAAACGAGCAGUUGGAAGAAGAUGCAAAGUGCAUGGAGCACUUGCAAAUUCAACUCAUGGAGGAGAAAAGUAAUCGGGCACAUCAAGAACGAGAGAACGUUAGGCUGCAAAGCCAAACCGAUAUGCUAUUGAGCUUGUUGCAAGAAAAUGAACCUAUGGAAGACGUCGAGGCUACACACGAAUCUUGAGUGCCAUUCUUUUAGUUCUUCGUCGAUUUGUUGGUUUGAGUAGUCAUGAUA